AAUGCUGUUGUAUUCUAUCCACCAUUCCACCUUAACACCCUCGAACUGAGACACCUCUACCUCGGAAGAAACAAACAAUGGGAGCAGCAGCAUCAUCAGCCACCGCACCAUCACCGGUAACCGCCGCAUCAGCUGCAGCAACCGAAGCUGCUAUUCCCGGAGCCAAAGUUGCAGAAAUCUUCAUUUACCCAAUCAAGUCAUGCAGUGGAAUUUCACUUCCCAGUGCUCCCCUCAGACCUACUGGGCUUCGUUGGGAUCGGGAAUGGAUGGUGGUGAAUGAGAAAGGGAGGGGUGUCACUCAGAGAGUUGAACCAAAGCUUGCUUUUGUUCAGGUUGAAUUGCCCAAUGAGGCUUUUCUUGAAGACUGGGAACCUUCUCAGGAUUCCUUUAUGGUGUUGAAAGCACCUGGAAUGGAACCUCUCAAGGUUUGUUUGAAUAAACAACAUGAAGUUGCAAAUGGUCUCUCAGUAUGGGAAUGGAGUGGGUCUGCUUGGGAUGAGGGAGCUGAAGCAUCUCAGUGGUUCUCAGAUUAUUUGGGAAAACCCAGUCAACUGGUCCGCUUCAAUACUGCUUCAGAAGUUAGACAAGUGGAUCCUGAUUAUGUGAAGGAGCAUCAUUCAACCUUCUUCACUGAUGGUUUUCCAUUCUUACUCAUAUCUCAAGAGUCAUUGGAUUCUCUAAACGAGCAUCUAGAGGAACCCAUACGUAUCAAUCGAUUUAGACCCAAUAUCCUAGUUGAAGGUUGUGAACCAUUUUCUGAAGACUUAUGGUCAGAGAUCAAGAUAGGCAGGUUUUCAUUUCUGGGAUCCAAGCUAUGCGGCCGUUGUAAGGUAACUACAAUCAACCAAGAGACUGGGAUAGCUGGACGUGAACCACUUGAAACUCUUGCGACAUUUAGGUCUGGCAAAGUCAUAAGACCAAAUGGCAAAAACAAAGGCGCGGUUUACUUUGGUCAGAAUUUGGUCUGGAACUGGAAUGAUUCUUCUGCUAAAGGGAGUGGAAAAGUCCUUAAAGUGGGAGAUCCUGUUUAUGUUCUUCGAAAGGUCUCUUCACCUGCUGAAAUGCCUGCUUGAACUAUGUAUGUAGAAUCUGCAUCAGUCCUGUACCAGAAAUUUUAAGACUACCAAGUUUAUCAAACACUCUUAGUAGUGCCCAUGAUAAAAAUGAGAGAUUAUUUCGCAGUGCAUAGUUGUGACUUGUAAUGCUUAUACUUCUGUUUUGUGAAUUUAACAAUCUAGAAUUGUUAAAACCUCCAUCGUUUUUCAAA